AUGUGUCUUCCAGUGCAUGAAGGUGGUUUGGGUUUGCGUCACCUAGAUGAUAUGCAAAAGGCUUUGCAUAUGAGGUUCGCUUGGAAUUUAAUCCAAGGUAAAUCAUUAUGGGCUCAGUUUUUCAAGGAUAAAUAUGUGGGCUCUAAACCUUGGGCUCUUAUUGAUGCGAAUAAAUGCACUAGAUUUUGGAAAAUGAUUGCUAAAAAUAUUUCUUUGGUUCUCGAAAAUUCUAAGUGGUGGCUCAGGGAAGGCAACCUUUGCUUCUGGUAUGAUAAGUGGCGGGAUUGGGGUCCCUUGUUUUCUGAUCUUCUGGUGGUAGGUAAUCCUUUACUUAAAGUUAAGGAUUGUCAACUGUCGAAUUCAUGGGAUGUGGAUUUCUUGGUUAGUUUGGUGGGCCAUGAUCAUGUGAAUGAUAUUCUGGAAUCUUUAGUAGUUUGCAAGGGAGGAUCGGGUGUUUUGGUAUGGAUAAAGCAAGAUAAUGGUUGUUUCUCUACAAAAUCAGUGUGGGAUUGUAUCCGUAUUAGGGGUUCUACUAUAAAUGGGCAUCCUUGGAUGUGGCAUAGUCUGUUCUCUUUGAAGAUUUUGAUUUCUAUGUGGAAGGCUUGGCAUAAUGCUUUGAGUGUGGAUGACCAUCUCCGUCGUAUAGGGGUGCCGAUUGUUGGUACUAUUGUGGGACUCCUUCCUUCUCUUCUUUCUUGGCGUCUUUGGCAUCAUAGAUGUGUUGCUCGCAUGGAAGGUCGUCUUGAGCUUUUUAAUUUGGUUUGGCACUCGAUUGUUCAUGAGAUUCACUCUAUCUGUCAGGGCAUUCACAAAGUUUUGAAAUGCUUUAGGCAUGAUUCUCAGAUUUUACAAUCUCUGUUUAUGUCGCCUCUUGUUCCGUUGAGGAGAUCCUCGAGGCUGUUUGGGGCGGGUGGUAUUAUAAGAGAUGAUCAUGGUAAUUUACUUCAUGCUUUUGCCUUUCCUCUUGGGGUUGGUUCGAAUAAUAGAGUGGAAUUAUUAGCUCUGCUAUAUGGCCUUAAAGCUUGCAAAGCUUUGAGAAUUGGCUAUGUGGACGUUGAAUUUGACUCACUAGUGGUGGUUUCGUGGUGGAAACAACGGCGAUGUGGGAUUUGGUAUCUUGAGGAUUUUUGGGAGGAGAAUUUUGGUCUUUUGGAUUCGAUGGUUUGCUCUGUUUGUCAUGUUUUCAGAGAAGGUAAUAAAGCUACUGAUUGGCUUGCUAAGCAUGGUUCGCUUGGUCAUCACAUGGAGCAGCAUGUGAUUGGGGAAGUGCCGAGGUUGUUGAGAGGUCUAAUCCGCUUGGACAAGCUGGGUAUUCCCUCGUUAUGUUGUCGCUAA